GGAAAUGAUGUAAGAGAUAGAGAAGCCAUUUCCUGACUGCACUACGCUAACUUCAGAAGGGCAGGAAAAAUACCACAAAAACCCAUUUUCAGUCAAUAAUUUGUCAUUUUCAAAAGACAGUUAUCAUAAAUUCAUAUGAACAAGACGGUCUCAAUCUAAAGUUACAGAGAAGCACUGGGACAAUGGCAGCAGACUGGUUGGGCAGUCUUGUAUCUAUUAACUGUGGUCCAACACUCGGAGUGUACCAGGGAGAAGUGUCCUCGGUCGACCAGUCCAGCCAAACCAUCUCUCUCCGGCAGCCUUUUCACAAUGGAGUUAAGUGUCCUGUUCCGGAGGUCACGUUCAGUGCCAUGGAUAUCAAGGACCUUAAGAUCCUGAAUAUCCACCCCGGCAGCAGUGGAAAUGGCAUCACCUUGGCCGGCUCUGGCGGGUUUGCUGGGCUUGGUGGGCGCAGUGGUGGCGGAGGUAGGGCCGGAGGCGCCCUGGUUGGUAGCACCCCUUUGGUGGUGCCCGGCCGUGUGGAGCAGAGGGCGGGGGAGGGGCACGGGUCCCCCCAGCAACCCUGCUCCAAGAGCUACGGCGAGAGACACAUGGACAUGGCCGGCCAGACCAAAGGCUUCCGCCGCAGACACAACUCCUGGUCGUCCAGCAGCCGGGGAGGGAACCAGGCCACACCAAAGAAGAACGGGCUGAAGAACGGCGGUGGCCAGAUGAAGAACAAAGACGACGAGUGUUUUGGGGACGGGAUGGACGACGGCUUAGACGAGGACUUUGACUUUGAGGGCAACCUGGCGCUGUUCGACAAGGCAGCGGUCUUCUCCCAGAUCGAUACGUCACGAUCGCGAGGCACGCCGGAGAAACAGGCACCAGUGCGGUACCGGCAUGACGAGAACAUUCUGGAAGCUAAACCCGUCACUUACCGGCAGAUAGCAGUGCCCCAGCCUGGUGCCAAAGAGUACUGUACAGACUCUGGGCUCGUGGUGCCCAGCAUCACGUACGAGCUGCACAAGCGCCUGCUGAGCGUGGCGGAGAGGCACGGCCUUUCCCUGGAGCGCCGGCUCGAGAUGACAGGGGUCUGCGCCAGCCAGAUGACCCUCACACUGCUGGGAGGACCAAACAGGCUGACCCCUAAGAACGUGCACCAGCGUCCAACGGUGGUGCUGCUAUGCGGGCCCCACGUGCAGGGUGCUCAGGGUGUCAGCUGCGGCCGCCACCUGGCCAAUCAUGAGGUGGAGGUCAUCCUCUUCCUGCCCAACUUCGUCAAGAUGCUGGAGGCCAUCACCAGCGAGCUCUCGCUUUUCUCCAAGACGGGAGGGAAGCAGGUGUCCAGUAUCAAAGAUCUGCCUGCCAGCCCAGUGGACCUGGUGAUCAACUGCCUGGACAGCCACGAGAACGGCUUCCUGCGAGACCAGCCCUGGUAUCGUGCUGCGGCCGACUGGGCCAACCAGAACCGGGCGCCGGUGUUGAGCAUCGACCCGCCAGUGAGUGGGCAGGAGGCGGCGGUCGAGGCCAAGUGGUCACUGUCUCUCGGGCUGCCGCUGCCGCUGUCUGAGAGCGUUGGACGCGUCUACCUGUGCGACAUCGGGGUGCCCAAACAGGUGUUCCAGGAGGUGGGCAUCAAGUACCACUCCCCGUUCGGCUGCAAGUUCGUCAUCCCGCUGCACUCACCGUAGCCAUGGCGCCCGGCUGACCACACCUGAACUCUCACCUCUGACCUCUGUCUGUGGGGUCGGGGGGCAUAGAGCCAGAGUUGAGCCUUAACUGCCUGACCGUCUAGAGUGUAGAGCUGCUUGCUUAGUGGCAGAUAGAUGAUGGAUAGAUGGAUGAAUGUGUGAGUGAAUGAAUGCAGUACAGAGUAUAUUUCUUUCUCAUCCUCUUUCAUGUGCGCAACCUUACUGCGCCAUGCUGUACUGAAAAGAGAAAAUGAAUGAUUUAGUAUUCCGAAGAACAAUCUUUUUUCCAUUUUUGUUCUUGGUUUGUUUAUGGAAGAGUUUGUUCACCUCGGAGAGUUUAUCUGGAGAGUGCCAGCUUCUCUGUUGCGGAGAAAAGGGGACACAAACACCUGCUUCAUCUUUUUAGUGUGAUGUUUACAGAGUGAAACGCCUGACCUGGUGUGUGUGUGAGAGAAUGCGUGUGUGUGUGUGUCAAUGUGUGCGUGCAUGUGUGUGGCCGGUUUAUUUGCCUGCCUGUGAGGCAGCUCUUAAGGUAUGUGUUUUCCUCUUUUUUUUUUUUUUUUUUUUUUUUGCAAAUCGUGCUAACAACAAUCACACUGAGAUUUAUGUAGAGAAAAGUUCAGGGCCCAUCCUGUUGCCCGAGCUUCCUCUCGUCUGCUGAGCAUUUGAGAUGUGCGGUCGCUCCGUGCUCGUGUUGAUGCUGUCCUGCUGUUCGCUCAUGCUGUGAGGCUGCUCGUGCUCGCCAGCGCCUCAGUGUUUUGUAGCUCCGCUCACUGUCACUGUUUAGUUGGCCCAUCUGCUAGAACUCAACACAGUCUGGGCAUUAACACCCAAGGGAGAACUUGUCAUUAAAGGGACCUGGACUGGACAAAGGCUGGUCUGUAUCAGCGCUGCUCUCAUCAGCACCCCAGGGAGAGCCUUACCUCCCCCGUCGUUUAAGGGACCUGGACCAGACUGGACUGGACCGCACCCAGCUGGCCCGUAUCAGCGCAGCUCUGAUUGGCUGGAGAGAGAAUUCCGCAUCAGUGGAGGAGCAGUCCUAGCAGGAGGAAAACGGGUAGCGACCUGCAGCGCAGACCCUAAAGCCCGACCUCGCCCUUCCUCGCAGGGCCAGGAGGUCACCCAGAGGUCAGGGGUCAGUCCAGAACUGCACCCGAGGGGUCAGGAGUGACCAGAACUGCACCCGAGAGGUUCAAGAGUGACCGGUCCCUGAAGUGAAGCUAUAUAGCAGAUGUAGAGGGAGCGCAGUAUUGCAGCUCUCAUUUCUGUCCAGUCUGUUGUCUGCUGGUCAAACAGAAAGAUGUAGAGUGUAUUUCGACUCCUGCUCACUUCUCUGGGUCUAAACGUGGUCACUUCUCGAACAAGGUCACUUCUCUGGGUCUAAACAUGAAGCGGAGACUGAACCCAGAGCCCAGUAGAACUCGUUAGACACUCUGAACCUAGAGUCCAGCUGAACUCGUUAGACAGUGACUGGACCGAUAGUCUACUAAAUUAACUCAAUUUCAGUAUCAAGAGGGAUUGUUGUUUACAUUUUUUUGACCUGAAGCUAAUGCUGCAUUUAAUGACUAUUUUGGCAUCAGCUUUCCUUUCCGAGUGUUUAGGAGCUUUGUUCAUUUUAAUGCACUGCCUUUGGUGUUUGGCGUGGUCACUUUGACUCUCAUGGUUGUGACCAUGAUGGUGUGUGUAUUGAGGCCAGGUGUGUAUUUAAACUUCCAGGUGGGCUCCUCAGCGGGGCAGGUUCCGUGCUCCUCCCAGGGGUAUCUACCCGAUGGCUGCCUGGGGUAUCUACACGGUGCCUGGCAGGUUGGAAGCUGGUGGCUGUUGAGUUUUAUUUGCAGUCAGAUGCGGAGCUGCUUAAUGG